CGUUCAUAGCUAUUGUGUUCCCCCGCAAACUAUAAAUAAGAGAUUUCUCUCAGAACAACACACACUUCAAAAGCAACAACUUUUUCUCUUCUUCAUCUUCUUUCACUCUCCAACUUUUUCUCUGCACUAACCGCAAUGAAUCGCCAUUUUCGUACUUGAUUAGGUUAUGGAAAACGCGAUGAGCAACGUCAAGAAGAAGGUUUCGAAGAUGAGGACUUUGAACGAGAAUGUUCCACCGAUGCAGAUCGAGUUGGAUGAUAUGAGAGGACGAUAUCUCCAAUCAAAGACGAUGAGUCCAGGUUUUCAAUCGUACGCCGAGAACAUCGACUUCGGUUCGCCGCCGCCGCUCGCACGAUACUUCUACGCCGGUUCUCCACUUUCCGGUAAAUCCAGUAACUCCUUCAAUUCUCCAAUUUUCGGCGCGAGCAAGUAUAGGUCUCUAAAAAUGCAGCAGUACUCCGGCGGCGGCACUAGUUCAGGGAACAGUAGCUUCGGUUCUCGCGGUAGAUUACCUCUCUCGCCGCUUUCUUCAAUUGAGAAUUUUGAGAAAAAGUCACCGCCGAUCUACAGAACGCCGGUGAAAGGUGACGAGGAAGUUUUUGUGAUGGAUGAUAUUCAGGUGAGGCCAAUGUCCGGAGGAAAGAGCGGAAGAUCUUCAUCAUCAUCUUCUUCCGGUAGAGGUUCUUCUUCGUCGUCGACGAAGAGUUUGUUUAAGACUGAUAUUUGCAGAGCGUGGGAAGAUUCUGGAAACUGUCGCUAUAACUCCAAAUGCCAGUUUGCCCACGGAAGAGAGGAGCUUCAUCCAAGUCGUCUCAGCAUGAAGCGUAAAUCUGAGGGACAGAUGGGAAGACAAUCUGCUAGACAAGGAUCCUGGUCAUUUAGCCCAAAUAGCGACCCUGUUCACAAACCUGCUGAAGUAGCUGAAGCUGAACAUGCAGUCAGAAGACUCCCAAUUUCACAACCAACUUCACCUGAACCUCAUUGUUCCCCUGCCAGUUCCAACACCAUCAGUGAUUGGUCACCACUGGAUGAUGGCAUUGAAGUUGUCCUCCCAAAUGGUUCAGGUAGAGAUCCCUCUAGGGAGGAAGUUGAAGCAUACAUUUUGGGCACUCUCAAUCAGCGGACUACUAAAUGGAGACUACCAGUUUUUGAUGCAAUUUGCAAGGUGCAGUAAUCCCUGUGACUAGCAAAAGGACUCCUCACUGCUCUCAAAACCAUAAUUUUUUCUCUAUUAUUUGAAUAAUGUUCCCCUCUUAAAUAAAUACAAUCAUAGCUGGGUGUCUGCUAACUAAUAUCAUGUGACAGUUGAUGGCUAGAUUACUAGUUUUGUGCAUAUAUGUCAGUAUAAUGACAUUUUUACUAGAAAGGCAAAACCAGCAAUGAUUUGAUUGAGAA